AUGUCUGACAUUAGUCAACAAAUGAACAAUUUAAGUGUUCAAGAAAAUGGAAGUAAUGGUCAAUAUCAACCAAAACAAAAUGGUCGCAGACAAUAUGUGCCACCACAUUUGAGAAACAGAUCUGGCCAGCAAUCAAACGGUUCCGACGAUGUUCCAUUUGGUGGAUCUCGCCGCAACAAUGGUUAUGACAACAGAGGUGGUUAUGCAUCCUCCAGAGGCAAUGGAUUUGGCUUUGGUGGUUCAAGAGGCGGAGCCAGAGGUGGAUCUGGGUUUGGAGGUAGUGGCGGUGGUAGAUACCAAAGACAAGUCCCAGGUGUAGGUAAAUGGGUUGAUGGAAAACACGUUCCUGCACCACGUAAUGAGAGAUUGGAAAUUGAGUUAUUUGGUGUUCCAGACCAAGACGAAACUCAUUCAUCAUCAGGUAUCAACUUUGACAACUAUGAUGAUAUCCCAGUUGAGGCUAGUGGUGAUAAUGUACCGGAACCAAUCACAGCUUUCACUGCCCCGCCAUUGGAUGAAUUGUUGGUUGAAAAUAUUAAGUUAUCCAAAUUCACCAAACCAACUCCAGUUCAAAAAUACUCUGUUCCAAUUGUUGCUGGUGGUAGAGACUUGAUGGCUUGUGCUCAAACCGGUUCGGGUAAGACUGGUGGAUUCCUUUUCCCUGUUUUGUCUGAAUCUUAUGCCAAUGGUCCAGCUCCAGUUCCUGAAUCUACUGGAACUUUUUCAUCACACAAGGCUUACCCAACUGUUCUUGUUAUGGCUCCAACUAGAGAGUUGGUCUCCCAAAUUUAUGACGAAAGUAAGAAGUUUGCUUACAGAUCAUGGGUCCGUCCUUGCGUUGUUUAUGGUGGUGCCGAUAUUGGAAACCAAAUUAGACAAUUGGAUAGAGGUUGUGACUUGUUGGUUGCAACUCCAGGUCGUCUUAAGGAUUUACUCGAAAGAGGAAGAGUUUCAUUGGCCAACAUCAAAUACUUGGUUUUGGACGAAGCUGAUAGAAUGUUGGAUAUGGGUUUUGAACCUCAAAUUAGGCAAAUUGUUCAGGAAUGUGAUAUGCCAAGUGUUGAAAAUAGGCAAACUUUGAUGUUUUCUGCUACUUUUCCAAGAGAUAUUCAAAUGUUGGCUCGUGAUUUCUUGAAAAAUUACAUCUUUCUUUCCGUUGGUAGAGUUGGUUCUACUUCGGAAAAUAUUACUCAAAAAGUCUUGUACGUUGAAGACGAAGAGAAAAAGUCAGUUAUUUUGGAUAUGUUGAAUGCCAACAAUUCAGGUUUAACCAUUGUCUUCACCGAAACCAAGAGAAUGGCAGAUAACUUAGCUGAUUUCUUGUAUGACCAAGGGUUCCCUGCUACCGCAAUUCAUGGUGAUAGAUCUCAAUACGAGAGAGAAAAGGCCCUUGCUGCAUUCAAGAAUGGUAAAGCACCAAUUUUGGUUGCUACUGCUGUUGCCGCUAGAGGUUUGGAUAUUCCAAAUGUGUCCCACGUCAUCAAUUAUGAUUUACCAGGUGACAUUGAUGAUUAUGUUCAUAGAAUUGGUCGUACUGGUCGUGCAGGUAAUGUUGGUAUUGCUACUGCGUUCUUUAACAGAAACAACAAGAACAUUGCUAAAGACAUGAUUGAUUUAUUGGCCGAGGCUAAUCAAGAGGUUCCUGAUUUCUUGACCAAGAUUUCAAGAGAAUCGUCAUUUGGUAGAGGUGGUCGUGGAUCUUCCCGUGGUGGAGGAUACGGUGGUCGUGGUGGAGCCACUAGAGAUUUCAGAAGAUCUGGUGGAGGAGGUGGAGGAGGAUACUCCAACUCCGGUUGGGGUAGUAGCGCCGGCAGCGGAUGGGGAAGUUCAGGUAACAGUGGCUGGGGAAAUUCAAAUGGCGGAGGUAGCAGUGGUGGUUAUGGAUCCCGCUCAAAUUUCAACUCAAGCUAUGGUAACCCAUCUGGUUCUACCUCGUGGUGGUAA